GUAAUUUUAAAAUAUAUCAGUUAACACAUUCAAUUUUAAGAAUUUCUUUCUUUUUUUUUCUUUUCUUUUCCAUAUUCAAUAUUUGACUUUUGUUCAGUCAAUAAGAUUCAUAAAUAUUGACACAAAAUAAUAUUCUUUUAUCUCUUAUUAUCUUUAUUAUCAUUUAUUAUUACCUUUAUCUUCAAACUUUAUCUUCAUUGUUAUUUAUUUUUUAUGUCAAAACUUGAUUCAAAAUUCGCAUCCCCCCCCCAUUUUUCUUAUCCAAUUUUCAAUAACACGAUUUCAAUUUUCCUUCCUUCUAUUGAUCGAUCACGCUAUCUCUGUUUGGAAAGUUAGCAGGAUGAUUCUCGAUGUCGAUUACAAACGUGUUCGACUACGUUGGAAGAUGUGUCGAGCGACGUUUACGACUGGAGGAGGAACUUUUCACCUUAAUUGCCGGGCGAAAAGCAGGAAACGUUUUCGAAGUUGAAAAGGGUUCGUUGGUACAUCAAAAGCACUUGUUCAGCAAGGAAACAGAGCAAAAAUAAAAUCUGAAAUUUAAACUUCUGGCUGCAUUCCAAAUGAGCACGCUACAAAUUGAAACAAACUAUAUGCUUCAAAUGUGUAUUGGGAAUUCUUGUUAUUUAUGGUCGGAUUUAAUACUUUCUAAUGGUCUCAUUGUUAUUUCUAAUAGUUUAUUACAAUUAAUAUAUAUUAAUUAAAUGGGAAACUGUGCUAUUACUAUUAUAAAACGAUAAA